AUGUCUGCUGUUGAAAUUUCCCCCGAUGUGUUGGUGUACAAGUCUCCAUUAACGGAGCAAUCGACGGAAUACGCUAGUAUUUCCAACAACUCAGACCAGACCAUUGCAUUCAAAGUCAAGACCACAGCUCCAAAAUUCUACUGCGUAAGACCCAACGCCGCGGUCGUAGCCCCUGGUGAGACAAUUCAGGUCCAGGUCAUUUUCCUGGGUUUGACCGAAGAGCCUGCCGCAGACUUCAAGUGCCGUGAUAAGUUCCUGGUCAUCACGUUGCCCUCUCCUUAUGACCUCAAUGGUAAAGCUGUGGCAGAUGUUUGGUCUGACUUGGAGGCUGAGUUCAAGCAACAGGCUAUCUCCAAAAAGAUAAAAGUUAAAUACUUGAUAAGUCCAGAUGUACGUCCACCACAGAACCAAAAUAUACAGGAUAAUAAGGAAGCCGUUGAGCCAGUAAACCAAGCCAAUGAGCCAAAGGAGGACACUUCAUUCGUAAAUGAAAAGGAAAUCCCCGUUGAAUCGAAAACUGAAGCUCCUCUCCAAAUAAAGAAAGAAGAGGUCCCACCUGUCAUUCAAAAAACCGUUCCCCAUGAAAAUGAAAAGCAAGCUUCUAACAGCGCUCCGGCACCAAAGAGCCAAAUAAAGGAACCUGCAACUCAGUCUACAGAAAGCGAAUCGUCCAGCAUGGGCAUAUUCAUAUUGAUUGCGCUCCUUAUUUUGGUUUUAGGUUGGUUCUACAGAUGA